AUGACAGACAGUAUUUCAGUUUAUCUUGAUGAUGAUAAAUCCAUCCAAUUGAUUAUUGGAGAACCAACGUUCAAACGAAAGCAGAAUCAGUCUUUGGAAGUUGAUCAUAGGGAAUUUUCUUUAACGUUGCAAAUUCCAAGAAUUUUUUCUUGGAAAAGAGAAAUUAAAGAAAUCGACCUUGAGGUUUCCAUCCGACGUACAAAGGGAGAUUAUCGUAUAGAAUUUGGUGCUAAAUCCAAAGGUCUUGGUGUUAAUUUCUUUGCACUAAAGGUGCUGGUUCUAAAGGUCUGUUCUAGUGCUAAAGGUCUUUACGCUAAAGACAGGAGAAAAAUUGAGUCCGUUCUUGAGAAUGAUGACAAUGCGGAAAUUUAUAAUAAUCCAUCAAUGGCCAUGGAAAGCUGGUGGUCAUCAACGUUCCUGGUUUUUUAUCUUAUUAUUGGUCCUCAAAUUAGUCAUGCAAUAAAUCAUCAUGCCUGGAAAAAUCCUCCUGCAAAAUUUUACAAUAGUGUAAUCCCGGAUGGUGAUCCUUUACCGGAAUUAAUAUCGGAUAUUGAAGCGGUUAGUGAAAAUGCUGUAUUGAAAUACCGAGCGGAAUUGAUCGCUGAUUAUGAGAAAAUUGAAAACCCAUUUGGUAACUAA